GUGUGAGCCUCAGGACCAGAUAUUACUGACUAACCUGUGUGUUUGUCACGUUAACAUGCAUCACCCGGUCCGAGUGUCGAUCCCGUCGUUUCGGUCAGAAAACAACUCGAUCGAGAAAGGAUACACGCAGCCAGAUGUUUCCUCUUGGUAACUAGCUGACACAGGCUGUAACUGACAGCUCUGCAGUCAGCUGGUCAGUCCGCUACACGCCAUGCACGGAUGUACUGGGAGGGGCCGUUGUUGGCUGAUGGGCUGUGGUCUUCAGAAUUGACGUGCUGAUGAACGGCAGACAACAUUCUGUUGAGAAACGUUACAGUGAAUUCCACGCUUUGCAUAAAAUGCUAAAGAAGAGCAUAAAGCCACCUGAGAUCCCCUCCAAACAUGUUAGAAACUGGGUUCCCAAAGUCCUGGAGCAGAGGAGACAUGGUCUGGAGCUCUACCUGCAGACUAUAAUUAUGGAAAAUGGAGUUCUCCCAAAGAUAUUCCUGGAUUUCCUGAAUAUCCGCCAUUUUCCUUCAGUGCCAAAAACAGAAAGCUGUGGGUCAUUUGAUACAGAAUCAGAGGAAUCAAGUAAACUUUCACAUCAGCCGGUCUUGCUGUUUCUGAGAGACCCCUACCUGCUGCCGUCUGCUCACGAUUCAUUCUCAAACGUUGUGAUCGAAGGUGUGGUACAUGGAGUUUUCUACCCAGAUCUUCAACCAAGGUAGAGCUGCUGACACGGAUCUGAGGGCACGUCAUUGCAAAAAGAUGCUCCGUGUUUUCACACCAUUUUUCGGUGUGCGUCAGGAGGGACAUGACAUGUUUAGAUACGCUGAGCCUCAUUUACAUUCUCCAAAGCAUAAAACAAAAAUCCAUACAUUUCUUUUCUUCUUUCAAUAAAUCACUGGUAUUUCUUUUAAAACCCUUACACCCACUAACGUCUGCACCAUCACUAUCGGUUGUUUUUUUUAAAUAAUCAAAACUGAUUUCAGUGGAUUUGAAUCCUAACAAAAUAGUUUUAGGAAGCAACUUCUGUCAGCUAUAAAAUAUAACUAUAUGUGACACAGUUUGGCAGGUUAACAUAGAUGUUUUUUAGGCAUUAGAAUCAAAAUAAUGAAUGACUAUAAAGAUUUUUUUCAGAUUACAGCAAAUAACUGCAGAGAAAGCAGGAUCCACUGGAAGUAGAGAUAAGAGGCAGAUCAAAGUAGGGGAAGUGCUCUUUUUUGAGGGCUUUUACUAAGUAAAUACCAGAAGUUGAAACCCUGGGGAACCAGAGAGGAAAUGCUGAUGCCAGCUGGACUGAAGGUUAAUUUACCAGACACAGAGGAGGCCUGUAAAGGACAAAGCACAGGGCUGGAGUGUGGAGCUGGAGCCUGGCCUGCACACAGGGAGGUGCCACUCCCUUUGUAGCACCAGCGCUGUGGUUUUUGAAUUUGCUCUGAGCUGCCAAAUGGAGCCGUGCGAGGGAGUGCAGUGGGUCAGCGUGGAGCAAUUUCGAGUGUGUUUGUGCAUUCUCGGGGAGCUGACGGCUAUGUGCCACAUGUAAGGGUGGAAAUGAUUUGAGUUGUGAUGUGGAUCUUUUACUGAGCAUCAGAUGUUCGAGAAGGAGUGCUGCAGUGUUUGCUACUGAGCUCUGUGGGGCUUCUGGAGGAGCCGUUUGGUUAGGUGUUGAGCUUCAGGUUUUGGGCACGAAGCCAUUUUGAAAUGUAACCAUGACAGACAGAAAUAUGUGGCACAACCUGUGAGUUAGGAAUGACAUGUUAAAGGAAUACUUCACCCCCCCAAAUGAUCGCUUGUAUAUCAGUUACUCACCCUGUGUUACAUCAACUUUGUGAAUAAAACACUGUUUUUCUGGCAUGCCUCCGGUUAGUGAAAAAUCUAAAAACUGAGAAAAUUCUUCAUACAUUGAAGUCAUAAGGGACCACGUUUUAAAUCAGCGAACUCUCACACAACUCAUGCAGAAUAAUCCAAGUCUCAUCUAUCCAGUCGUAUGCUCAGUACGUCCCAAACAGACAGCCCUUUCCAUUGGGGAGCUGAACUUAAAGUGAACCUUAUCUAUGCUCUCUUAAAAGCCAGACUCCAUUGACAAAAACACUAAUUUUGCCUCGCUGAACACGGGAGCUGCUGGUCUACUGCUGCCUCUAUCAGUUAGUUUGUGUUAUUGUGUGACUUUGGUGAAUCCAAACUAAUCUUUUAAAACACCAAAGUCACACAGUAACACAAACUAACUGCUUGAGGCAGUGUUAGAAAUACUGUAUUUAUAUAGUUUAAAUUUUACUGCUUGUUAAAUGUGGACCCUAAUGACUUUAUUUCAUCAAGAACCUUCUCCAUUUUUGGAUUCUACAUUCUCCGCAGGCAUGUAAGGAAAAAGGUUGUCCUCACAAAUUCAAUGUAAUACAUGGUGAGUGAUUGAUAUACAGAUCGUCAUUCUGCAGGUGGAGUAUGCCUUUAAGUUUGAGGUGGGUGUUAGUGGAGUUGUGGAAAAUGGAUGUUGACAGAGCAAUUAAAAGAACACUCCACUGAUUUAACAUUGCACUCCUAUUGCUGUGUCAGACUCGCAACAAUUUAAACUAGGGAUAUUAUCUUUUUUAUUCAAAGUAUUCAUUGUCCUUAGCUUGUGCCUACAUUACCCACAAUGCGUUUGAUUGUAGAUUCAGAUGUGUUUUGCUAACAUGGCUUGAGCCUGAGAUGAGGAGCUGCAGAAGUCUGGUGAGCUGCUUCUUCAUAGCUCCACACCACCAGAUUUUUUGGAGACGUGUAGUCUUCAGCCCUUACUUAUGCUGACUCAAGUGACAUCACUUGAGGCAAUUUGUCUGAUUUGGUGCCGCUCACUCUGAAGCCAGUGCAACUGCGCAUUUGUAGUAAUAUUCCCCAAGAUCUGUAAACAGACUCUGGUGUGUAAAGUCAGUGAAAGUCCCCAGAGAGGAUUAGAGAGACCUCAAGGACACUUCUCCACUUCUGAUUUAUGCCUCCUUGCUUCCUUCACUUGCAUUUCAGAAGACAUUUAACAAAAGAUCACAGAGUUCAUUGAUUGCCAUCAGUGAAUGCAAAAUCUGACAUUUGAAAUAGUUCCAGCUUGUGCAAAAAUUAUGUUAACUGAAGGAAAAAUAUCUAUCAUAAUCAUUAAAUUAAAGCAGAAAUCUUAGUAUUGACUAGAACUGACACAGUCCUGUUCCUAUUAUACUGUCCCAAAAACUACAGACUCUGCUCACACACACAGGUUGGUAACUGUAGAUCUACAUAUCGUUUUUCACAUGAAGAUGAGAAUCAUGUUAGAUGUGCGUAUAUGAGUAGGAACUAAAGGCUUUAGAUAUCAUUUUCUAAAGGCCAGUGUCUAACACUAACACCAGUCAUGAAUUUACACAUUAUAUAAAAGGCCAGUUUUCACUUGUGGUGAUUAGUGACGUAGUCACCCAUCAUAAAGGGAUCCAAAGUGUUUUGUUUUACAGAGCAUUUUUAAAAUGAGCGACGGUGAUUUAAAGGACUUAGAACCAGUACAACACUGUGCAAUAUGAACUGAAACAGACUGUCUUUAUGUUGGUCCUUUGUUAGGUGCAAACCAUCUCCUGUUGUGAACACUUGAAAUGAUGUGUAGCUUUUGUGAAACAUUAUGUUGCAUGUCAGACUUUAGGCAGUAACCGAUGACGCUCGUCAUUGUUUUCAUUGUUGACACUUUCUAUGUGACUGGACCUCCACUACAGCACAGUGACAACUACAUAUUUAUACUAAAUCAAAUGAAUCCUGAACAUUUAACCUCAACUAAACACAUCAUGAAUUUAUGUUUUAACAAAGUGAAUCAUUUCCUAGAGAUCCAUCUUGUAGAUUUAUAUGUAUUUAUAUUGUGUACAGUUUGUGCCAUAGACUGUAUGUAAAGAUGGACGUGUCUCCACUUCCUCCCACUGUACAAAAAUGAAAAAAUAUCCCAGAUAUGGAUGCUGUCAUCUUCGUCAUUUGGAGCCAGAGGUUGCACAAUAACAAAUUAGUUCCCGCUCAUGCACCCAGGCUUUAUGACCUGUUCUGCAGCCAGCCACCAGGGGGCGAUCAACAUGUUUUGGCUUCAUUUUUUUCGGGUCGUGAGUAAAUGGUGACCCAGGCCACUAGGAAAGCAGCUCAGCCUUGCAGCAAAUUUUUCCUAGUGGCCACUCAUGUUAUUGGAUAAAAAAAAAUCCCCUGUGGCCGGUAAAGCAUUUCCCCGGACCACCUUUAUAAAAUAGACGUCCAUAAAACUGUUGACAGGACACCUCAAACUGCAAACGUCAAUUAUGAUUCUUUCUAUUCUGAAUUUUUGAGCCAUUGCGGUUUCAUAUUUGUGAAACAUUCCUCAAGCUGAGAAAAGCUAUUUAAAAAUCUGUUUUGUCAUCACAGUGUAGAGUCUAUGAGCCAAGCAGGAACUUGUGGGCAGGGCCAGGGGGAGAAACACUACUGCGCAUAUUCAGUGGGCCACAUACCGCUGAAGUAAACCAGGAAACUAGAAAGCUUUUCUGAUGUAUGCGCAAGGCGACUAACUCCUUUAAAAAUAGGCGCCAUCUUGGCGUCCAAUAUCUAGUUAUUAUGAAAAUCCAUGUGUAACACUAGAUGUGCAAAACUCGCACGUUGCUUCUUGUCUCACUGUUUUAGGGUGUUCUAACACUAUGGUUCAGUUCAGGUUAGCUUGAGGUACAAAAAAACAAGUUGUUUAUGGACAGAAUGGUUUGAAGCACAUAACAUGAACCCCAGUGGUGGUUUUCACAAAUCUGGGGUUAGAACCUCAAUGACAACCUUUUGGGAAGCGGUAAUGUCGUCCAUCUUUGUACACAGUCAUUGGUUUGUGCUCUAACUUUGUGAAAAGUGUCAUUUAUGUGCCAUAAUGUCGACCUACAGUGAACACUGGAAUUCUACUGUAGCACUUUAAGAUGGGCAAUAUGUAAAAUACUGACACCAAUAAAAUUCAUUAUUUCCACAAA